AUGACUGAUAAGGACGCUGCCGUGAUGCACCUAGAGGACCUCCCAGGUCAGGGAGUCUCUGCCGACGACAUAGAGUUUCUGUCGAAUUUCUCACCUGAAGCCAAGAAGAAAGUCGUCAGAAAGAUGAGACUGGUUCCUAUGUUUGUCCUUUUGUACUUAGUGGCAUACAUAGACAAAACGAAUAUCGCAGGGAAUGCUAAGAUCGAGGGCCUACUCCCCAGUCUACACAUGAGCGGCAUACAAUACAACAUUGCCUUGUCUAUAUUUUUCAUACCUUAUGUCCUAGCUGAGGUACCGAGUAACAUAAUACUAAAUCGACUAAAGCGACCGUCGCAGUACUUAGGGCUACUGAUUUUCUGCUGGGGUGUGAUCAUGCUUUGCACAGGCUUUGUUCGCAAUUUUGCCGGUCUAGUGGUGAUCCGAUUUCUUCUGGGUCUUUUCGAGGCUGGAUUCCUGCCAGGUGCUGUGCUAGUAAUUUCGAAAUGGUAUCUUCCAAAUGAGACACAGACUCGUAUCGCUAUUCUCUACACAUCUGCUGCUUCUGGUGGAGCUUUUUCUGGUCUUCUGGCUUUCGCUAUUGCCAAGAUGGACGGUAUAGCAGGCUACGAAGGUUGGCGCUGGAUCUUCAUCAUCGAGGGUCUUGUGACAGUUUUCAUGGCCGUUCUUUGCUACUUGCUCCUCCUAGAUUCCCCGGCUCUGUCUCCCGGCUGGCUUACUCAAGACGAGAUCCGAUACCUCGAGGUACGACAGCUCGUUUCCAACAACCACAGUGGUCAUCACGAAGGCUUCAACAAGAAGAUAAUCUUCAGCGUCCUGACCGAUUGGAAAAUAUAUCUUCUCAUCCUCGGUAACUGGUCCAACGCCGUCCCCAACUACGCCCUCAAAUUUAGUAUGCCCGAAAUAAUCAAAUCCAUGGGCUACAAAUCAGCCACCGCCCAGCUCAUGACAAUUCCGCCCUACACGGUCGGCGCCAUAUCAGCUUACGGCUUCUCCGUGUUCGCUGAUCGUUUUUCCUGGAGAAUGCCUUUUAUCGUGGUACCCCAGUGCUCGCUCAUAGCUUCAUUCGGCAUUCUAUUCUCUAAAGCCGCCAGCAUAGAGGAGAAUAUAGCACUGUGUUAUUUUGCCAUUUGCCUUGCCUGCUUUGGAAUGUAUCCCAUCCUUCCUGGCGUUAAUGCCUGGAAUGUCUGCAACAUUGUCAAUCCUCACAAACGAGCUGUGGCUAUUGGUUAUCUUAUCUGCGUUGGGAAUGCGGGUGGUAUCAUCGGCAGCUAUAUUUACAAAUCCGAUGAAGAACCCAGGUACCCGACUGGUUAUGGCACCUCACUUGCAUUCGCUGCUGCUGGGCUUGUGGCUGCCUUGUGCUUGGAGUUUUGUCUGUGGAGGGCAAAUAAGGAGAAGGCUCGGUUGACCGUGUCCGAGAUUGAGGAAAUGUAUACUGAGGAGCAGCUUCGCGAUAUGGAAGAGAAGAGUCCUCUUUUCAAGUAUACACUGUGA